GUGACAUUCUCGGAAAAACUCCCCGCACGACAAAACAAUCCACUCAAUCCAGGUUUUUCCGCACCUUUCCGGCAUUUUUCCUGAUAUUUCACCAUAGAUAAAUGAUCUGUCAUCUGGGAGAGAAGUGAUUGAUACGCGAAGACAAAUAGAAAACAUUUGCAAUGCCAAAGAAGAGGAAAGGUCGCGGAGGAAAGGCUUCCGGGCGUGCGGCAAAAGUUCCGGAAGCCGCCAAGAGCGCCCCAGAGCCUGAGCAGGUGGAGGAGGAUGUGAAGGAGCACUCGGCGGAACUCGAAGUUCCGGAUCUGUCGGACACAGUGGAGAUAAUGAUGCUGGACGAUUCAACGUCAAAUGACGGAUUGGGGAAUGGGGAAUACGAUAUAAAGGAUGAUUCUGUGUAUGAUCUGGAACAGCAGAUGUCUCAGAAAAUGUCCUCGAGUGAAUUUGACUUUGAGGAAGAAAUUCCGGUGUUCAAAUUUGAAAAGUUUGGUGCGGAGGAGCUUCACGAGAAGGUGCAGAAGAUCAAAUUGGAGCCUGUUGAGGAAGUGAAGGUGGAAGCAGCGGAGGAAAAGAAGGCGGAAGCAGUGGAGGAAAUGGAGACAGACGUGAGUAGUUCCCUUCCGGAAGCCACAUCAACCACUCCGGAGAAUCACAGUAAAGAAUCCACGCCCAAUAUUCGACGAUCCACGCGAAUUAAGAGCAUCUCCAAGACAAAGCAACGCUCUCAUGGUCACGGAUUGGUGCGGGACAAGGAGAAAUUCCUGCCCAAGGCGACGCCAGAGGAGGCAAAGCCCAUGAAGGUGAAGUCCAGGUGGCGGCAUUCGGCGGAGAUCGAGCAGAAGCUGUCCGAAGCACUGCCAGAGGUGGAGGUGAAGGCGGAAAAGGGGCCCGAAGAGGCACAGGAGAAGAAGGAGGAACUCGAGAAGGCCAGGAAGGAGGAACUUGAGCAGAAACUGAAGCAAUUCCUGCCCAUUCGUGACAAUAUUUAUCAGUGCGAGAGGAAUGUGAGCAAGGAUGCGAAGAAGAUGCUGUGCGAUUGCUUCCUCACGCCCGAGGACAUGGACAGAGGUGAGCUGGGAUGCGGUGAGGAUUGCCUGAAUCGCCUGCUGAUGAUCGAGUGUGGCUCCAAGUGUGUUGUGGGCGAUCGAUGCACAAACAGGCGCUUCCAGAAGUACCAAUAUUCGCCCUGUCGUGUGUUCAACACAGAGAAGAAAGGCCUGGGCAUCAUGGCCACGGACACAAUCCUAGCUGGGGACUUUGUGAUGGAGUAUGUGGGUGAAGUGCUGAACUCGAAGCAGUUUGAAGUGCGCGCGGCCAAUUAUUCCAAGGACAAGAACAUCCAUUACUACUUCAUGGCUCUGCGAAGUGACGCCGUGAUCGAUGCCACGGUGAAGGGAAAUAUCUCCAGAUUCAUCAAUCACUCGUGUGAUCCCAAUGCCGAGACGCAGAAGUGGACAGUGAACGGAGAGUUGAGGAUUGGCUUCUUUGCCACGCGGAGCAUUGCGCCUGGAGAGGAGAUCACGUUCGAUUAUCAGUAUCAGAGGUAUGGCAAGGAGGCGCAGAAGUGCUUCUGUGAGGCGGAUAACUGUCGUGGGUGGAUUGGAGAGGAGCCCGAUUCCACAGAUGAGGAAGAGGAUGAAGAGGAUGCCGAUGAUGAGGGAAGUGAGGCUGAGGGAAGUGCCGGAGAGGCAGAUGAGGCGGAAAAGAUGCCACAGGAAGCAAAAGUCCCGACGAAACCACGCCGGAAGGAGCCCAAACCGAGAACACCGGCUGUCAGGAAGACGCCAGUGCGUCGUCGAAGAGCGGGCAAGAAGAAGCGCCCUGAGAUUCUCGAUGAUCCCGAUCUGGACGAUGAGAUUGACUUGCUGACGGUGACUGGAUUGAAGAAUCAGGCACACACAUUGAAACUGAGUCGAUUGAUGGUGAGAGCAAAGGUCCUGGAGGCAAGGAGGCGUCUUCUGAAUCUCCUGCGGUACGGAGAGUUCCCUUGUCGUCGCCUCUUCCUGGACUACCACGGCUUGAGACUCCUAAGCGGCUGGAUGGCGGACGGAGCGGCCGCUGAGAGUGUCUCGUUCCGUUUGGAGCUGCUGGAAACGCUAAAGACACUGCCCAUCUCCAAUAAGACAGUCCUCAAGGAGACUGGAGUGUUGGGAAGUGUGGAAAAGUGGAUGGGAUUGGCUGAUGCCACACCGCCGACAGAUUCUCCGUCAGAUAAGAGUACAGAAAGUCCUCCGAGUGAAUCCAGUGCUGCUCAGACGCCUCAAGAGACGCCCCAAGAACAGCCACAAGAACCACCUCUUCAUGAAGUGUCUCAGGAAACGGUCCAGGCGUCAAAUCAGGAGGGAGUGGCUCAGGAGAAGCAACAGCCAGCGGAGACAGUCCAGGAAACCACUCCAGCUUUGCCUCCUGUUCCUGUCGAAGAUACAGAAGCGCUGAAUGUCAGCAUUAAGGAUCUGGGAAAGUCACUGUUGGAGAAGUGGCUGAGUCUGCCCGAAGUGUUCAGGAUUCCGAAGAAGGAGCGCAUUGAGCAGAUGAAGGAGCACGAGCGCGAGGCUGAUCUCAAGUACAUGGCGCUGGGAUUGCAUAUGGAUGAUGAGGCGCGCGGGGAGGAGAAUCGCAGCAAUGCCAGGUACAAGAAUGCCAAGGAGGAGCCGAGGAAGAUUCCGACGGAGGUGAAGCGCGACCGUGUCGAAGAUCAGUGGAUGAGCAAAGCGCAGCGCCGGCGAUUGUUCGCCAUGCAAGCGGCUGAGCAGAUGGCGGUGCGCCGGCGGAUGGACGAGUGGGCGCAUCAUGAGUUCCGGUGCUCGUAUUUCGGUCUGGAUCCGUACGCCACGCCGUCAGAGGACAUCCCGUCGUGGGUGGAUCCGGAGACGGGACAGUGGUUCGCCUAUGACUUGACUGAGGUGGAGACGCCCAAGAGUUAUGCUCACAUUCCGGCGCCUCAGCGGCCGACGUCGAUCAACAUUGAGGAUUAUGAUCUGCCACAGCUGGACUUGCCUGAGGGUUGGGAGUACGCGCUGGACACGAAGGGGCAGAUCUACUACUAUCACAGGAAGAUCAGGAUAUGCCAAUGGGAGACGCCUAUCAGGAUUCUGCCACUGGGCGAGCAAGAGGCCGCCAGGGCGGGCAGUGGAUCGGAGAUGAUUGAGGGCGCGGAUGAGGGCGGGGACAGUAGCACCACGGACACGUGUGACAGCGAAGAGGAGGCGCUGGAAAAGAGGAUUGCCAGGAUAAAGAGUCUGCAGAAGAUGGGGAUCGCUGCAUCGGUCAUUGCUAAACUGAAUCUCUGCGAUCCGGACAGUGAGGAGGAGAUGGAGAAGCCCGAUGGAGAGGAGAGACCAGGAGAAGCUGCAAGAAUACGGUGUCGAACAAGAUUGGCAGAGUAUCGGGAAAUUAGUCCUCGUCGUGAGGAGGACAAGCUGUACAGCCAGAUGGAGAUGAAGCGCUAUCGGGAGACCAAAGAGAAGUUGAGGCGCCGAAAAGAGGCGCUGCGGAAGCGAAAAUUGACUCCAGGCGCCGAUGGAGUGUCUGAGGAGGAGGACAAGGAGUCCGAGGAGGCGAAGAAGACUGAAGAUUCGAGUGCUGUGUGCGAUUCCACGUCAGAUCUGCUGAUUGAGAAGAUUGUCUUGGGCAACAGUCGAGUGGAUGAACUUGACGAGCCGUUGAUGCGCGGCGAAAGAGGGAAGCAGAAGAUGCAGCGCAAGAAAAGACACUUGAGGCACAAGUUGAAGAGUGUGAAGAAGCUGAAGACAGACAAUCCUGUAGUGGAUCCUCAGGAUGCCAAUGUGUUGGCAAAGAAGAUUAAGGAUCAAUUUAAGCUGAAUAUCGCGAGCUGUAUUGUGCAACAUCUGAAUCCAUACAGAAAAGACACAUGCACUGUCGGUAGGAUAACAAAUAAUGACGAUUUCAAGCACUUGGCGAGAAAGUUGAGCCACUUUGUGAUGUUAAAAGAGCUGAAGCACUGCAACAAUGUGACUGAACUCACGGUCACGGAGUCAGUGAAGCAGAAAUCCCGCGAAUUUAUUCGCAAGUACAUGGCGAAGUUCGGUGAGAUUUACGUGAAGCCUGAGAAUGAACCGGAAUACAAGGAUUAGGCUC